AUGAUCUAGCUUCUGGUCAUGAUAGCCUUUUACUUCAUAGUUAAAUACUUAUUUAAGAAAUCUGAUGAGGAGGGUAAAGAAUUUAGACAAUUAAACAAUACAUCAUUUAACCUUCCUAAAGAAGGAGGAGCAUUAUAAAAUCUUCCGAAAGAUUCUGACAAGAACAUCUAAUUGAAAUUAAAAGACAAAACUUAGCUAAGUAGAGACUCAUAUCAAUUUAGAUUUGAGAUUCCUAACAGCAAAAUGUGUAUGGGCCUAGCUGUUGGUCAGCAUGCUAUGUUUAGUGCUUAAAUCUAAACCAAAGAUAAACCAAAUGGCGAUUUAGUAUAGAGAAAAUAUACACCUGUAAGCGCAAUCAAUUAAAAAGGCUACGUUGAUUUCGUCAUCAAAAUUUAUAGAAGAGAUUCUCACCCGAGUUUUCCAGAAGGUGGAGUAAUGAGCUAAUACUUAGAAAAUAUGCAGGUUGGACAAUCAUUACUAAUGAGUGGACCAUUUGGUAGAAUACUAUAUUAGGGUUAUGGAAAGUUUUUGAUUAGCAAAUAAGUAACUAUGAGAAAUAAGAUAGGGCUAGUAGCCAGCGGAACAGGUAUUACACCUUGCUAUUAAAUAAUCUAAGCAGCUUUAGCUGAAAAGGACGACACUGAACUUACCCUAAUUUAUGGAAGCAGAACUAUUGGCGAUAUAUUAUUGAAAGAGUAGCUAGACUAAUUUAGAAAUUCAAAUCCAACAUCAUUUAAACUAUUCUAUACUAUUUAUGACGAGACUCCUAAUCCAUCCUGGGAAGGUGGUAAAGGCUUUAUUGAUAAAUAAAUGCUUGCAUAAAAUUUACCCAAGCCUUCACCAGAUACUAUAAUACUAUAUUGUGGUCCUCCUUCAUUUGAUAAGGCAAUACUAAAUCAUCUCUAAGAAUUGGGUUAUGACAAUACAAUGAUCCAAAAAUUCUGA